GAUAGUAUGCAACUGGUGAUUCAGUAAUGUAGUCAUAGACAGCUUGUAUGACUCAUCCUAAUCUAUAUUCUGCUGUAGGAUAACCAGCUUUGGAAGAAAUUGGAUGAAGGCACAAUUUGGGACCUAAAAAGUAGAGUGCCUUUUACAGAACAAUGUCAACAGCCUGCAGUUAUUGGAUGACUAUAUUUUCUUGUAUGCGACAAAAUCCUCGCAAAAUAAAGUCAUUGGACCUACAGAAACCAAACAGAUCUGCCUUUGAUGCUAUAAUUGUUUGGAAAGGCAAAGAAGGAGCCAAACGUAGUACUGGAGGAGUUGCUUAUGAUUACAUUCUUAAGCCAGCCACAGACAAUGCCCUUCCUAGACCAAUAUCACCCCCUAAAGAGAAGCCUAUUACCCAAGAGGAAAUCUUUAGAAAGUUGAAGGCAGCAGAAGAAAGAAGACAGUCAUUAGAACAACAAAAAGUACAGUUUGCUGCCAAGGAGAAAAACAGAGUACAAGAAGUAUUAGCCAAAUCAAUGGAAGAAGAAGAAAAAUUUGCCAGAGAGGUUAAAGCUAAGUUGAGACGAUCUUUGGAAGUUACCAAAGAAAAUAGAAAUAUGCAGAUACAAGCACUGCAGGAAAAGUUGAGAGACCAUUUGACAAAAGUAGAAGAAGUGUAUAAAAAAAGUGAUACCAUGGCUAAAGACUUGCGACUAGAGGAAAAAAUUACCCAGAAAUUAGAAGCAUCAGAAGAGAACAGAAAUGCUAAGAUCCAAGCCCAGCUUACCCGCCUUAGAAAUCAUGCAAAACAUAUUGAAGAUGUGUGCAAGGCUAGUGAAAAUAUAGGCAAAAUAUCAGAGGAGAAAAUCAUUCUAAAAAUGGAAAAUGCCCUGAAAAAUCGUGAGGAAUAUUACAGAGCCCUACAAGAUCGCUUGAAGGAACAUGAAAAGAAGAUAGAGGAAGUUCGUCGGAAUAAGAUGUCAAUUUCAACAGGUUCAGUCCAGUAAACCACUGCUCAUUUGACUUCUUGACGUUUACACGGAACAUUUCAUAACAUCAAUUUUUGACCAAAUUCUUAUUUGCAGUUUGCCAUUUUUAUUUGCUAAAAUUUUGAUAUAUUUGUUGUAAUGAGUAGCAUUGCAUUAUUUGAAUAGAUAUUGCUAUGUAUUUGCACAAUGUGAGUACACGUUGAAUUAAAGUAAGAAUUGUUCAGUAAAUGUGCACAAGACAGUUUUCGAUAACAUCUGAAGGGAAUUCUUUUACAUCACCCAAAGUUUCAUACCAAAAGCCAGAUCUAAAAUACUCUUGAUUUUACAAGGAAAUGAUACUAAAAUCUAAUCUUUCAGCUAAAUAAAAAGAAACAAAGUCAUAUGGAAACUCAACCAAUUACAUGUACAUGUAUUUCUUUGGAUAGGCAAAGUUAAAUCUUCAGAAGUAUGCUGAUUUGUGUAUUAUUGAAACUGUUUUCAAACAGCAGUAGUCAGACAAAUGCCUAUAACAAAUAUAUUGCACAAUUACAAACACAUACGGAUUCUUACGAUUUUUGUAAUAAAAGGUAUUCUUGAUUAUUGGAACAGUGGAUUCACUAUUUUUAUAUUGUAUGAAUAAACUAAUUUUUGUGGAGUUCAUAAGAACAUGUAAACUACUAAUUCAAGUAUUCAACAAAUGCAAAUUCCUUAACAAGAACAAGGAAAUAAGAAUCCAUCAUAAUUGUGAACUCACAAAAUGUGUUUUUUGUAUAACAAUGAAAAUUUGUAUCAAUUAAAAUGAAUGAAUCCUC